GGUAAAAGAAGACCUGACAAGACCGAUCGAGUAGCGUCGCAAUUCUGGAUUUCGAGCGAAAUUCGCGGGAGAAGAUCGAUCGAAGGGGAGCGCGGAAGCGUCCGCCAAUCGGGGAUCGCUGCUCAGGCCGCUUGCGUACAACGAGGGAGAGGAAACCCACGGCGACUGGCGGCCUCUUCUCGUCUAUUUUUAAAAGCGCGAGGCGUGUGUGGCACGUUUCGCGCGCGAACCGUUCCUCAACGUUGCGGUCGUUGCGACGAAGGUCGCGAGCUUUCGCUCAACUGCGCUCAACGAGUUCCCGAUUACCCUCGCCGGCCCGCACGUCGGGCGCGUGUCGAUCCAAUUCGUGUCGUGUUCCGAUUAUAAAUUGUCACCAGCGCUUGACGCGUCAGGAAACGAUUAGGGCGAGACGACCUAAAGACGCAGUAGUGCCCUAAAUCCGAAGCGAGAAAGGGAGAAGCGGAUCGAGAAGGAGUUGCCGAGAUAACGCUCCUCGGAGCGGUUCAGAGCGGUUCACGCUCGGAACGUCGCCGAGCGCGAAUCGAACGACGACCGGGUAGUGGCAGGUUGCCGGUCGAUCCCACGGCUCGUUUGUUUGUUUUCGUCCUGAGACGCGUCACACCGGUCCGCCACGCAUCUCCUCAAAAUUCGGUCCCGCGAGUUCGUCGAGUGCCUUUGCGCGACGCUCGCGAUCCUGUCGCCCGUCGCGAUCGCCCGCGACAUGGCCACGUACGGGCGUUAUCGUGGCAGAAACAAUCAGGAUCUCGUGGAGCAUCUACGGCGGUCCAGGGUGAUCAAAUCUGACAGAGUGUUCGAAGUAAUGAGUUCUGUGGACAGAGGGAAAUACUUAAAUACUUAUUCCACUGUUGCUUACGUAGACGCACCACAAGGGAUCGGUUACGGUGUCACUAUCAGCGCUCCUCACAUGCACGCGUAUGCCCUGGAAUUGCUUGAAGAAAAGUUGCGUAACGGCACGAGGGCACUGGACGUUGGUUCUGGAUCCGGAUACCUGACGGCAUGCAUGGCUCUUAUGAUGGGGCCGCAUGGGUUGGCCGUUGGAAUCGAUCACAUACCAGAGCUUCGAGCGUUGGCCGAAGAGAACAUUCGACUAGAUCACCAAGAACUUUUGACCGAUGGACGCGUGGAAUUGGUUGUUGGCGAUGGAAGAUUGGGAUAUCCCAGUCGUGGACCGUACGACGCUAUUCACGUGGGAGCGGCUGCUAAAGAAAUGCCACAACCGUUGAUAGAUCAGCUGGCCCCUGGUGGUCGUUUAAUAGUACCGAUGGGUCCGGAGAACUCGGAUCAAACCUUAAUGCAAAUUGACAAGACUCUGGACGGCAAAAUCAAGCAGCGAUCUCUGAUAGGCGUGGUGUUUGUCCCGCUCACUGACAAGGAACGACAGUACCGUCGAUCAUGAGGUUUCUGUCAGGAACCUAUUUCACAGAUUAAACGAAGAGGAUUAUGUAAUUAAGUGUUUUAUUUAUUAAUAUACAUAAAAUUGUUUACAUUUCCGCGUAUAACGAGGCUACUAUUGUACCUAUCGCAGGAAUCUUUUUUGCAAAGUCCCUAAAGAAUCUACAAAAAUCGGGAUAUUAUGUAGUGUAAUGAAUAAAUUACACAAUUUAACUAGUAAUUUUGCAAAAUUUUAGGUUCUCUGAAAUUGAGCUAAAAUUCUUAUUAAUUUAUAUUUAUGAAUAUAUUAUAAAUUAUAUUUAUAAUAUAUUAUAAUUAUGAUUAAUAAUU